UUCGGUCACCAAAACUGAUUUCAGAAAGUUGCCCAUAUAAAUCUAAGAAAAUGUCUGUUAUCACCAACGUCCCAGAAGCUAAUAUCUUCGAACAGAUAUGUAAAGAAUUUGCCAACAGGAGACCUCCAUUCCGAGAAGAUGACACAGAAUCCGUUCACACUGAACUUCAUGACUAUGAUCCAUCCAAACACAGCCCAGUCUUCUAUGGCAAGAUGCACAAGAAGGUGUCAGUUGAUGCUGAUGUCAUGGCAGAGUUUGACCCUGCCAUUGGUCACCCUGCUUCAUUGGGAUUUGCAUUUGUGGAUAGACCGCCCCAAUCACCACCACCAUCUCCUCCACCACCACCAGAUUAUAAAAAAUGCACUCCCAGAGAAUAUCUAGAACAUUACAUCUUUCCCACAUUGUUACCGGCACUUGAGGAGAUGUUGAGACAGGCAAAGCUUGACAGAUGCUUUGAAAGAAAAAGAACAAAAUUUAAUGCCAUUGACUUUCUAACAGAAUUUCUGUAUAAAAAAAACCCAGACUGUGAUGAUAGAAAUGAAAUGGGCCUCCUUGACAUUGAUUUUGUACAAGAAUGGCUCAAAGACCAUCCCCGUCCACCCCUACCACUGUCACUCCUUUGGACAGAAGAAGAAGCCACACUUGUCAUACAGUCUCAUUGGAGAGGAUACUUGGUGCGUCGAGAGCCUGAGAUCCAGGAACUGAGACAGUGGCAGAGAGAAUGGAGAGAAGAAAAUGAAAAUGUGAAAAAGAAAGUAGACAAUUUUUGGAAAGAGAAAAUGCCAAGUGGGGAUGAGCCGACGCCAAAUGCAUCUGAAGAGUUGAUGACAGAGGAUAACAAAGAGAUUCUAGUGGUGUCACCUACUGACCAACAAUCAAACUAAGAUAUUCUAUCAUGAAUCAUAAAGGACAUCUUGUGUCGAUGAGUAUUCGUGGGAGCCAAUCAUCAUUGAUUAAGUAUGUAUACUGUAAAGUGGUUCAGGAGACGUUACAAUGUUUUGGAUGGCGGCACUGUUUAUGUUUUCGGUGCCGACGUUUCCAUUCUGAAGAUCACAACGUCUCCUGACUAACUUCACAGUAGCUUCAACUAUUCAUGUUCCAUGCACUAGAAAGUUGUUUUCAUUCUACAGUGAGAGAACAUAAGAUUACUGAUAUUGUCGCAAUGGUAUUAACGACAGUGGUACCAACAGCAAUUUGAGCUUUCUUACAUACAACAAACACCAUUUCAUUCCCAGUUUGUGCGUACACGAUGUACAUGUAUCUACAAAUAUAUUUUUUACUGUAUGUCAGACUGACAGUUUGACAGUCAGCUCGACUCAGGCUGUGUGAUGUCACCUGUAAAUAUUGUGCAGAUUGUACAUACAUUGUCUUGUAAAUAAACAAGUA